CUCAUGCCUUUAUUUUGAUAACAGCACGUGGCUCUGUGAGCCAUCAUACCGGUGACUACAGGUGGUUUCAUAUCACUUCUGUAUCCAAUACCCAGCAAUAGAAGUGCAUUUCGGAAGUAUUAUUUUCAGACCCAGAGGCUUUUGAUCACACUGACAACAUAGCAGCGCGAAUCGCUCUCAGAGAAGGCUGAGAUUCCUGUGAGCAGAAAGAAGGAACAUUGAAAACGGCAUUUUUCUGUAUUUUUGUAGGCGACUUGCGCGCAAGGGGUGGAGUGUUUCUGGUCCUGCGCUCUUUUAGGUACUGUCGCCUAUGAGUUUUUGACGUGUGUUGGAUCUGCCGGUGUACGGACACAAUUCGACUAUCACUGAUUAUUGAUCAACUGCAUUGAUUUAGGCAGUGGGUGGUGACCUCUGGUCACGUGAUGGCGCUGACAGUGAACCUGAUUGGUCCGUCUCCAUGGGGGUUUAGAAUAUAUGGAGGAAGAGACUUCAAGAAGGCGAUAACCAUUUCCAAGGUCAACGGGGGAAGCAAAGCCGAGCUGGCUGCCCUGCAGCCUGGUGAUGUCAUCCUGGAGAUCAAUGGAGAGAACACAGUGGACAUGCUCAAUGUGGAGGCCCAGAACAAGAUCAAAAACUCCAAGACUCAACUGCAGCUGCUGGUGGAGAGGCCUGAUGCCCCCAGCCCUGAACAGACCAAUGGAACCACCACCCCAGAACAGCUCACUGGACGCUUCCAGGAAGCGGUGCUGGUGAGUCGAGAUGAGAACCAGAACUACAGAGAGUACUCCAUCUCCAGCCCAGCCUCCCUGUCACCUGGACCCUACUCCCCUGAGCCCCCCUCCAGCCCUGAGGGGAAGAGAGAGCGGCUCACACCCACCAGCACCAAGAGCAUCCAGCUGUGUUCAUUGUCUCCAGAAGAGAAGACGUCUAGUUACAGACUGUCCAGACCACUGUCACAGGAGUUCUCCUCUUCAGACUUCAGGAGAAACUCUGUAUCCAGUCGAACCCCCACCCCUCCAGGAUGCUACUCACCCCACAGCCCUGUCGACUGCGAGCUGUCUGUCUCCCCCAGACGCAGCAGUUCCAGCUCUGACUUUGCCAUGCAGAGGUUUGACCGGGAUUCAGAGGUCUACAAGAUGAUCCAGGAGAACAAGGAGUCUCGCACGGCCCCUCGACAGUCCAACACCUUCCGCAUGCUGCAGGAGGUUCUGGAGGCCGAUGAGAAGGAGGCAGCCGUGCGGUUCCCAGGGCUCUCCCCCAAACCCACCCCCCCAAAACCCACAUCUCCCGGGGGCGGAGUCCCCAAGUACCACACCUGUGAGAAGUGUGGCACCAGCAUUGUUACACAGGUGGUGCGCAUUAUGGACGACCGCUUCCGCCACCCAGAGUGCUACACCUGUUCUACACCAGAGUGUGGUCUCAACCUGAAGAUGCGAGGUCACUUCUGGGUGGGAGAGGAGAUGUUCUGUGAGAAGCAUGCCCACGAGAAUUACCAGGGCCUUGGCACUGCCCCGCGUGCCACCAUCUCGCCCCGCCACUGAGGCUCCGUGGCACCCAGCUUCCCUUCCCUAGGACCCUGAGGGCUGGCACCCCAACUCUACUGACUCACAGCAAUAGACCAUGGGCUGGGGAACGGGAGUGGGGGGGCCAACACUUCAGAGGUUGCGCCAUUUCUAUUGCAUUUAACUAUACUCUGCAGUUAUAGCAUUCAGUUACUUACCUUUCCUGUAAUUGGAUGAGGUUUGGAUGGAACUUUUUAUUUUCCAUGGUCUUUUCCCAGGCCCUCCUGGUUUAGCCCUUUUAUAGGUUUAUUGUUAGCUCUAAUGUACAGCUGUAUCUUAUUCAGACCACUGUACACCAACCUAUUAGACAACAGGACUGGUUUCCUGCUGGUGUAUGAAUCAGAUCAAUGAUGGAGCGCAACAUUUAAUCCUUUAAACCACAUUGAAUCUCCUGCUGACCCAUUCGGAAGAAUGGAAACCAACUCUUCAUUUGAAUUACAUGGUAUUUGAAAAACAGAAGACAAAUUACAAAGGGUGAAAUUUCAUCUACGUCAAAGUUUGUACUGUAGUUGUGGUUGUGUGCAUUUGUGUGUGUGAUUCAACUUGAGCAAGAGUUCCGAUAAUUCCUUUUGAAGUGAUGGUUUAAUAAGUGCCUGAAUUGCUGCCAUUUCCCCCUGCUAUUGGUAUCACUAUUGAAAGUUUUUAGUGGAUUCAGCUCUCAGGCCAAACGCCUGUUUGGUUUCCUUUUGCAAUUUAGUUGGAAUUAUGAAAUACUUACUUACCUUCUCAUUGCUUUUUGUUGAAUAAGGGAAUAUAAAGAUACAAUAUAUAUAUAUAUAUAUAUAUAUAUAAAUACAAAUAAUAAUGUUUUGUGAAUGUUUCUUUGAUAGAACAAUAUACAGUACCAUAUCAUAGGACGUCUAAUGGCAUGUGUGGGCACAGGGUUGCAUGACUUGUAUUUCUUUUUUAGUGUGAAGAGGUUUGCUGAUGCUAUUACUGUAUAUUCUGUUUCUUCACAGCAGCACCCAGAGAGCAACACUCUAAUGUUAUUUUUAUGUCACAGUUAAUAAAAACACAUCAAAUUAA